UUCACUGUCUUACAGAUAAACCAUGAAUUUUGAAACCCUUGACCCAGCUCUUGCGGAGUAUGUGCCUGCCCUCCAUCCUGUCUUGGAUCCUCACCUCAACCCUAGCCUUCUCCAGAAUGUGGAGCUGGAUCCAGAAGGGGUACCCCUGGAGGGCAUCCCUGUCCCCGACUCAGUGCACAUCAUGGAGGGCAUGUACUCAGAGCUCCACACUGUUGUAUCUGAAGUGGGUGUCCCUGUCUCCUUCUCACACUUUGACCUCCAUGAAGAAAUGCUCUGGGUUGGAAACCAUGGGGGACAUGCCACCUCUUUCUUCGGCCCAGCCUUGGAACGCUAUUCCUCAUUUCAGGUGCAUAGCAGUGACGACAUUCGACAGAUCCAGAGCCUGGAGAAUGGGGUGCUCUUUCUGACCAAAAAUAAUCUCAAAUAUAAUUCCAGAGGUGGUCUUAUCAUCUUUGAUUACCUUAUGGAUGAGAGCGAAGAUAUGCACAGUCUUCUGCUGACUGAUCCCAGUACCUUGCUUGUUGGGGGGCUCACCAGCCAUGUGAUAGAAAUAGACCUCAACACUGUACAAGAGACCCAGAAGUACACAGUGGAAGUGCCUGGAGUUACUAUUAUGAGACAGUCGAACCGUUUCUUCUUCUGUGGUCACACAUCAGGAAAGGUGUCCUUACGAGACCUCCGUACCUUUGCUGUAGAGCAUGAGUUUGAUGCCUACUCAGGAAGUCUUUCAGAUUUUGAUGUUCAUGGCAACCUACUGGUGACCUGUGGUUUCUCCAGCCGAAUGAAUGGCCUUGCCUGUGAUCGUUUCCUCAAAGUAUAUGAUCUGCGCAUGCUGCGAGCCAUCACACCUUUACAGGUCCACAUUGACCCUCUGUUUCUGAAGUUCAUUCCUACCUACACAUCUCGUUUGGCCAUCAUCUCCCAAACAGGUCAGUGCCAGUUCUGUGAGCCCACUGGAUUGGCCAACCCUGCUGACAUCUUCCAUGUGAAUACAGUGGGCCAGCUGAUCAUGAGCUUUGAUGUGUCAGCCACCAAGCAAGCCAUGGUCUUUGGAGACUCCGAAGGCUGUGUCCAUCUAUGGGCCGAUUCCCCAGAAAUCACCUUCAAUGCCUACUCCCGGGAGACUGACUUUGCCUUGCCUUGUAUUGUGGAUUCUUUGCCCCACCUUGACUGGAAUCAAGAUCUCAUGCCCUUGUCGCUCAUUCCUGUGCCAUUGACCACUGACACGCUAUUAUCAGACUGGUCAGCUGCAAACUCAGUCCCUGCGCCCAGGCGAGCCCCACCAGUUGACCCGGAGAUCCUUCGUACCAUGAAAAAGGUUGGCUUCAUUGGAUAUGCUCCAAACCCCAGGACGAAGCUCCGAAAUCAGAUUCCCUAUCGGCUUAAAGAGCUUGAUAAUGAAUUUGACAAUUUCAGUCAAGUCCCUGAAUCCCCCAUUGGACGAGAAGAGGAACCACAUAUCUACAUGGUGGCAAAGAAAUACAGGAAGGUCACAAUCAAGUAUUCCAAGCUGGGCCUUGAAGACUUUGACUUCAAACAUUACAAUAAGACUCUCUUUGCUGGCCUGGAGCCCCACAUCCCUAAUGCUUACUGCAACUGUAUGAUCCAGGUCCUUUAUUUCUUAGAGCCUGUCCGAUGCUUAGUCCAGAAUCAUUUGUGCCAGAAGGAGUUUUGCCUGAGCUGUGAACUGGGGUUCUUAUUCCACAUGCUGGACUUGUCUAGGGGAGAUCCUUGUCAGGGUAGUAACUUCCUGCGUGCUUUCCGCACCAUUCCAGAGGCAGCUGCUUUGGGACUAAUCUUAGCCGAUUCAGAUGAGGCUACAGGAAAAGUGAAUUUAGGGAGAUUGAUUCAGAGUUGGAAUCGUUUCAUUCUGACUCAGCUUCACCAGGAAACUCAAGAGCAGGAAGGCCCUCAGGCUUACCGGGGCAUUGGCAGCAGUAGCUUUGGAUCCUCCGGGGACUCAGUCAUUGGGCAGCUUUUCAGCUGUGAAGUAGAGAAUUGCAGCAUGUGUCGUUGUGGCAAAGAGACUGUCCGAGUAUCUUCAACACUCCUUUUUACUCUCUCCUACCCAGAAAGUAAUGAUAAAAUCAAAGAUUACGACUUUGCUCAGAUCUUGAAAAGGAGCAUUUGCCUGGAACAGAACACUCAGGCCUGGUGUGAGAACUGUGAGAAGUACCAACCCACGGUCCAGACACGCAAUAUCCGCUGCUUGCCUGACGUUUUGGUCAUUAACUGUGAAGUGAACAGUUCCAAGGAGGCAGAAUUUUGGAAGAUGCAAGCAGAGUAUUCCUUUAAGAAGUUGAUGAUGAAGAAAGGUGGCCUGGAACUCCCCACCAGUAGAGAAACAUCUCUUGGGGAAUGGAAUGAACUAGGAGGAGCUGAGGGAGGCCAUUCGUAUACUUCCACUGAAGAGCUGAAGAACAUAUGGAUUCCUUAUUCCAUUAAAAUGAAGCUCUCCAAGAACAAGGAGCUGGAGGUUUACAACUGGGAUGAAAGUGCUGAACUGAGCAUCUUGGAAGAUCAGGAGUCAACAUAUGUGUAUGACCUCAUGGCGACUGUUGUGCACAUUCUGGACUCCCGCACUGGGGGCAGCCUGGUGGGACACAUCAAAGUGGGGGAAACCUACCAUCAAAGAAAAGAGGGUGUUACACACCAGCAAUGGUACCUCUUCAAUGAUUUUCUCAUUGAACCUGUGGACAAGUGUGAGGCUGUACAAUUUGACAUGAGCUGGAAGGUGCCUGCUAUCCUUUAUUAUGUGCGGAGGAACCUCCACUCCAAGUACAAUUUAACCAUCAAGAACCCUAUUGAAGCCAGCGUGCUGCUUGCGGAAGCCUCCCUCGCCCGCAAACAGCGGAAAUGUCAUGCCACUUUUAUCCCACUCAUGUUGAAUGAGAUGCCACAGGCAGGCGACCUGGUGGGACUGGAUGCCGAGUUUGUCACUCUCAAUGAGGAGGAGGCUGAACUUCGCAGUGAUGGAACCAAGUCGACCAUCAAGCCCAGCCAGAUGUCUGUGGCAAGGAUUACCUGUGUCAGGGGACAGGGUCCCAAUGAGGGGGUCCCUUUUAUCGAUGAUUAUAUUUCCACACAAGAACAGGUGGUGGAUUACCUCACUCAGUACUCAGGAAUAAAGCCAGGGGACCUGGAUGCCAAAAUUUCUUCCAAACACCUCACCACCCUCAAGUCCACUUACCUGAAGCUACGUUUUCUUAUUGACGUUGGGGUCAAGUUUGUGGGCCAUGGGUUGCAGAAAGAUUUCCGGGUCAUCAAUAUCAUGGUUCCCAGAGAUCAAGUCAUUGACACUGUGUACUUGUUCCACAUGCCCAGGAAGAGGAUGAUCUCUCUACGCUUCCUAGCCUGGUACUUUUUGGAUCUGAAGAUCCAAGGGGAGACUCAUGACAGCAUUGAAGAUGCCCGCACAGCCCUCCAGCUGUACAGGAAAUAUAUGGGAUUGAGCAGUGGUGGGUUGGAGCCUGAGGAUUUCCGCAAGGUGCUCAAGAGCCUGUAUGAGAAAGGGAGGAAGAUGGACUGGAAGGUGCCUGAACCUGAUGGCCAGAGUAGUCCCAAGAGUGCUGCUGUGUUCUCAUCCGUGCUGUCUCUUUAAACCAAGACCUGCCAUUUCUUCACUAAAGAAGUCUCCGAAAACCUGCUCCCUGAGUGGUGAACAUUACAGAACAUCUUCUCAGAAGCAGAGACACUCCACAUAUUUCUCAGAGACCAAGGGCCUUCUUCUGGGAUGCUUCAGUUUGGAGUUUCUCAAAAAACCACAGGCAUUACUACAGACCAAAUCCUUCAAAACUUAGGAACAAGUGACAGUGCUCUUUGUGAACCACAUGGGGGCACAAUUACAUUGAAAGAGCUGCUCCCCUGGGUUUGGGAUGCCGAAGAUGAUACUGUGCAAGAAAGGGAUUCUACAUCAAUGUGUGCAAGCUGUUCUAGCAUAUAUUUUGUAUAAAAAUUGAGUGAAACAGACCUGUGUGUUACCCAGAAAUCCUCACUUCCUAUAUCUGCUAGUCUUGUUAACAAAGCUGAGCUUGCAGGUAUCAUCUUUUUUUUCUUCCAGCUGGGGGUUGUCCCUGGAACAAUCUAGAGCUGGACUCUACUGCCAUGGAAGCGUCAUGGCUUUUAAAUCCUUUUCUUUUUUGGUAUGUGAAUUGUGAGCAUAUAGUAUUAGAAGUGUAAUCAAACUAUAAAACAUUAUCAAUGCAA